AUGCGUUUCUCCAGCAAUUCCCUUCUUCUCGGAGCAGUAGCCCUGGUCUCUGCCAUUCCCGUCCAGGACAGUCCUCGCCAGAGGCUUCUCGACGGCAAACCGCUUCCUGGCAAAUACCGGAGCAAGAAUCCAUAUACCCCCGGUUAUCGUGAUCCCUAUGACACAGCCGUGGAUUCCAUCGGGAAGGGCCUCGACCCCUUGCCCUGGCGCAAUGGCGAUGGCGCCUCAGUUCUUGGUCCGUGGAACAGAGAGCGAGCAAGACAAAAUCCAGACCUCGUCCGUCCCCCUUCCACAGACAGCGGCAACAUCCCCAACCUCCGCUGGAGUUUCGUAGACUCCCACAUCAGAAUCGAGGAAGGAGGCUGGACCCGGCAAACCACCAUCCACGAGCUCCCCACCUCGAUCGAGCUCGCCGGCGUAAACAUGCGUCUCGACCACGGCGCCAUCCGCGAACUCCACUGGCACAAAGAAGCCGAGUGGGCCUAUGUCUUGUCAGGCUCCGUCCGCGUGACAGCCCUGGACUACGAAGGCGGCAACUUCAUCGACGACCUCUCCCAAGGCGACCUGUGGUACUUCCCCUCCGGCGUCCCCCAUUCCCUCCAAGGCCUCGACCCCAACGGGACCGAAUUCCUCCUCAUCUUUGACGACGGCCGCUUCUCGGAAGAAAGCACGUUUAUCCUCACCGACUGGUUCGCGCACACGCCCAAGAGCGUGAUAAGCAAGAACUUCCACCUCGCCCCCGAGGUGUUUGAGAGGGUGCCCAAGAGGGAGAAGUACAUCUUCCAGGGGAGCAAGCCGGGGAGCAUAGAGGAGGAGGAGCCAAAGGGGAAGAAUGUCAAGAAGAGCAAGUACCAGUUCACGCAUCGGAUGCUGGAGCAGGAGGCGCACGUGACGAGCGGGGGGAAGGUGAGGAUUACGGACUCGAAGAAUUUCCCGAUCAGCAAGACGGUGGCGGCGGCGCAUCUGGACAUGGAGGUGGGGAGCCUGAGGGAGAUGCAUUGGCAUCCCGAUGCGGACGAGUGGAGCUUUUUCAUCAGGGGGAGGGCGAGGGUAACGGUUUUUGCGGCCGAGGGGACGGCGAGGACGUUUGACUACCAGGCUGGGGACGUGGGCAUUGUGCCGAAGAAUAUGGGGCACUUUAUUGAGAAUAUUGGGGAUGAGCCGUUGGAGGUGUUGGAGAUUUUUAGGGCGGAUGAGUUUAGAGAUUUCUCGCUUUUCCAAUGGUUGGGCGAGACGCCGAGAAGGAUGGUGGUUGAUACCUUGUUUGCGGAUGACAAGGAGGCCGGGGAGAAGUUUUUGAAGGAGAUAGACAAUCCGGUCAAGGACGAAAUUACGCUGCCAGAUAUUAAGAAUGACGAGGAAGAAGACGACUUGUAA